UGAAGAUGAAGAGGGGCUCCGUGGAGGUUGUCGUCUUUGUGGGCUCCGCUCCGGUGCUGGGUUUGGAGAAGCGAUAGUGCACCAUACACGCACGCCAGAGUAGCGGCGUAACACACUCACGUCGUCCGUUGUGUAACAUGCGGGGACAUACUUUAAGACAUGGACAGAUUCUUUUUUAGAAGCUAAAUAAUCGGAAAACACAAAUUCGGCACGGGCACGCAAGUACAACUGACUCUGUUUCAUCAAACCCCUGUGUAGCUAUGAACAUAUUGUUUUACUAUUGAGAACCCAAAGGCUACAGUAGAGGCUAAUAACCACGGCUUUAGAACAACAGCGGACGCCCUCUAUAGAAUCGUGUAGUCGUUCAAGCAGCAGAGUGGCCAGUCGCCGUGGAGACUGCGAGCAGGAGGCUGCGGCAUGGCUCCCAGGACGUUGAAGAAGAGCGGGCACAAGAAGGCGACCAAGAAGAAACGCUCGCCGACGGGAGCUCCGGACGGCGAGGUGGCGUCCGAGCGCCCGGAGCCCGCCCCUGAGGAUGCCCGGCGGCCCGCGGGCUCCGGUAAGGGCAAGAAGAGGUCGAGGAAAGGCAAAGUGAAGCUUACCAAGUCGGAGAGAGCUCUGGCCAGGCUGGAGAAAUCCUGCGCGGCGUUUGAGCAGCAACCGGACAGCUACCGCGAGUUCCUCGUCUCCGCCGACCGCUGGCUGCGGAGGAACGGGCCCUUCGUCGCACGCGCUUUGCGCAAGAUAGACGACGGAGCGGAGGGUGGCGCCGUGUCGCACGCCGACCUCAAACUCGCGCUGCGUAACUUUGGCGCUCCGUGCGACGCGGUCCGGCUCCACGUCCUCACCAAGCUGCUGGACCCGCACUCGACGGGCUCCGUGGACUACCGCUCGCUGGGCGCGGGGCUCCACGUCCCCGGGGUUCCAGAACCGCGUGACGGCGAGAAGCACGGCUGGACGGAGCGGGCAGAGAGCGAGCGAGCGGAGGAGGAUGAUGAUGAGGAGGAGGAUGAUGAUGAUGAUGAGACUGACAAGGAGGGACAAACGGACGGCCACCGGCUGACGGUCACCAAGGAAACGUUGGAGCGGUGUCCACAUUGCAAAAUGGGGGUUUGGAAGCCUCGUCAGGUGGAGGACGACAGGUUCGUGGAGCUGGAGGUGCGGCUGGUGCCGUUCGAUGGCGCCGCGUCCCACCCGGGCCACGUGAAGGUGCUGGCGGGCGCCGGCACAACGCUGCACGGGCUGGCGUGUUCGCUGCGUGCCCUCGCCCACACCCCCAGCACCGCCGUGCGCCUCUACCGCCUCGACCGCCGGCCCCACGCGGACAGCGCCCGGCCCUCGGCCCGCGAGCCGCAGGGCGCCAUCGCCGCCACGGAGGCUCUUUGCGGCAACGAGCUCGCGCUCGUGCCGCUAGAGGAUUCUCCGGGCCUCACCCUGCGGGAAUUGGGUGUCGGGUCCGGCUCUUUGAACCGACCGAAGAGCGUGCGGCUCUGCUACGAUUACGCCCUCCAAAGCCACAAGUGCCCCCUGCUCAACUGUGAUUAUUACUUCACGGGUAAGGGCUCGCGGUCCGGCCCGAGCGUGGGGUGAGCGGAUCCCCGCGACGUGGCGUGGCUCUCGCCGCUCCGGCGGUCGUUUUUUUGUAUCCUCUCUGCCCUGCGGCCUCCUGCCCCGCAGUUUCCCCCCACCACCCCCCGCCCCUCUGUGGUAGAGCGUCUUGAGAUGUGGUCUUCAUCGACACUUUAUACUGCCACAUUUCAUUGUUUGUGCGUUGGUUUGUUGUCUUUACCCCGCACGUCCGAUUAGCACGGAUAGCCGCGUACGGCGCAAAAGAAGUUCAACGUACGUGGGAAGAUCAUUUUCAAGUUUAUUUCGUUUAACCAAGUGAGAACUCGACAGACCGGGAUAGUUUCAUUUGCAAGAGUGACUUUGGGGGCAUUAAUCUGAUAUUUGGGAGGCGACGAUUCCUACGUACGAACCUAAUGGGUGACUUUUACAUUUGGACCAUGACCCCGGCACACAAUGGCCUCCUCUUGCGAGUGGCGUCAGGCCACUGCGAAGCAGGCGGCGCGUGGUGCUGUGUUAUCACUACACUCGCAGUAUUAAUCGGGGCAGCCCGCCGGUUGCCAAUCGUGAAUGUCCUCAUGACGAGCGGCGAACGCCGGGCCGGGCCGUGCCACCGCCCCACUUAAUCCCGCAAGGCUGUGUCCUGGUUCCACCUUUAGGAGCAAAUGUUCCGCUCAGGGUCAUUCUAAUUCUUGAGAAUGGAAUUUACAAAAAAGUCUCAGGAAUGUCGUGGCCUGGUCCCCUCGUUGCACUGUACCUCGUGAAACCUCCCAGGGCUCACUCAGAGCGCAGCAAUAGAUGUUGAUGAUUUGUUUUUUACAGGCAUUCAAAAAUGUCACACAACCCAGUAACGUUUUAAAACGUGACUUUAUUUGAAUUCCACUCGCACAGACAACUUGAAGUGUGUAGUUGUGCAUCUUUAUCAUUGUACGUGCGACGAUGAAAACUAAAUUACAUUGCAAGCAGCGUGAGCGUACAUACUGCGAUGUGCAUAUUAUUCGUUUAUGAUCAGGAGUGUGAUGAUUACACUCCUUACGAUUCCAUUAUCACGGUUCAAUUCGAGGAUUCAUUGCCUUAUCUUAGUAACUGUCAUUUGUAGCAGCCUGCAGUGGCCACUAAAGGUCACACAAACCGAUACCACAAAUACAAAUCGAAAAACAUUCCCGCACGAUGGCAUGCACGCGUAUCGUCAAGUUUACCCGUGCACAUCAACCGAUGGUGAAUCUUGCAACUCCUGUGCACGAGGCGUGGACCCACGUGUCCCUGCAAAUACAACUUCAUUAGAGCAGUAUAACUCUCAGUUAGGGGAUAGAUCGGUUUUUUCUUCAUCUGUACGGGACAGACCACUGUUCGGACAUAUCCCUACGUCCGCUCGUCUCCGUUAUAGAGCCUGCAGCGUUGUUAUUCUUACUGAACGCACGACGUUGGGUCGACGUUCCGUAGCCAGAUGACGACCAACGCUCGUGUUGUCGCACUCUGCGUUGCUCAGAGCGAGAGAGACAUUUUGCAGGAGCCCCGCAUGAACGUUGCCAUCUUGCUCCCACCAAGCCUCCGCAAAGGCUAUCGGACGACUUAGUAACCUCAACACACGCGCACGCACGCACGUAUAUAGAAUGUCGCAAAUUUUACAGAGCCAUACGAAAGAAGAAUUCUCAACAGCAACAAAAACACUUUCGACCGAUGCUAGCGGUUGAUGUGACGCGACGCGGGAGUCGUCUCUUUGUCGACGCUGCAUCCCCAGGUGCCUUCUGCGCGGUGCGCUACGAGGAGGGUGAACCACGAGGGCGGUCAGACGAAGAACGCCGAUCGUUGAGCGGCGCCUUACGAGCUGGGCGCCGUCUCUGUGAGCCACCAACUCUGUGAACGCCUCCGUACUGCACUGCAAGUGCAUUGCACCUCUGAUGCUGGCGGCGCAUGCAAUGCAACUACAAUGCACCACGGCGGUGCUCGGUUGGCAUGUCGGCGUGAGGAGCAGCCCCCCCCCCCCGACGAAACCCAGAGCAGCCAUGUGCGUGCGACUCGAACGACGCGAACGUUUAGAAGAGAAUCCAUCGGCAGUCUAAAGCGGUCACGGCGGCGAGCACCGUUGGUACAAGGAACACGACUCCCGGAUCGUACGUCCCGUAAUGUCUUUGGCAGUGGAGUUCAGCCAUUGUCGACGGUGUGAAAGUAACGGGUUGCGUAUACUUCAUAUAUAUAUGGAUCUGUAUUUUGAGAAUGAACAAAAAUGAUCGAGGCUUUGUAACGGGCCGACGCGUGACGGGUCAAAUGAGGGCAGCCUGCUUAGUGGAGGUGCUGUUAUGGGGUGGCUGGUUGCAGCAUCAGCAGCAGCAGCAGAUGGCGUGACUGGGAGUUUAGGCGCCAUUUUCAGGACGAGAUUUAUUCUCAUAGACGAGGACCGUCACGGAUUCACUUUCAUCAUUAUUAUUUUUUUUGUUGGAAACUGAAAACAUUUGGGUUCAUCGAGGCGGCUGUGGUUGUCGACGAGCAUCGAGACGAGGCAGGGUCGCGAAAUAAAAACGUGCGGCGAAUUAGACGGCGGCUACGUUGAACCGUGCAGUUUAAAAAAACACGGAGCGAACGCUCUGAUGGGCACGCUCAGCCGAGAAUAAUCGUCGCAGGAAUCUCAAAAUCGAGCUAAUUGGGUGGGAAAUCAAAGUUGUGCAUCGUAACAUCAGCGGCGGGCAAAAGUGGCGAUGAAGCGACCGCGUGAGCAACACGGGGCUUGUGUGCAAGGACCUCGAAGCGGAACGAGGCACAAGGACACUUGAGAUGCGCGUGUCGGCGGCAAAUGUUUGUUGAAUCUCUUUCGCACCGUACGUAGCCAACUGUGCUAAUCGGAGGUGCAGUGUUGAGUCUAUGGGCAGUGUUGAGUCUAUGGGUAGUGUUGAGUCUAUGGGCAGUGUUGAGUCUAUGGGUAGUGUUGAGUCUAUGGGCAGUGUUGAGUCUAUGGGCAGUGUUGAGUCUAUGAGUAGUGUUGAGUCUAUGGGCAGUGUUGAGUCUAUGGGUAGUGUUGAGUCUAUGGGCAGUGUUGAGUCUAUGAGUAGUGUUGAGUCUAUGGGCAGUGUUGAGUCUAUGGGUAGUAUUGAGUCUAUGGGCAGUGUUGAGUCUAUGAGUAGUGUUGAGUCUAUGAGUAGUGUUGAGUCUAUGGGCAGUGUUGAGGCUAUGGGCAGUGUUAGUCUAUGGGCAGUGUUAGUCUAUGGGCAGUGUUGAGGCUAUGGGCAGUGUUAGUCUAUGGGCAGUAUGUAUGUAUGAAUGUUGAACUUCUUUCGCACCGUACGUAGCCAAUCGUGUUAACCGGAGCUGCGGGAUAAGGACAACAAUGGAGACGCAAGUUUGCCACUGUUGAGUUAUAUGCUGUAAACAAAACACAAUGUUUUACCGCAUUUAUUCUACUUGCUUGGCUGGGCAGGGUGGAGGGGGUGCAUGAUACACGUUGUACAUUUUUUUCUCACGUGGUGAUCUGAGCCAAAAAAAUCUCUAACAAAGUGUUUGUUCUAUAAUUGUAACUGGGCUUUCUUUUAAAAAAAUUUCUAAAAAUUGACAGUUUUUUCUUAUUUUCUUUCUGAACGCGUUUAUCAAUGCGAGUUGUGAGAUUAACGCGGUAAAUAGCAAAUGGAGCAGGGCACACAGAUUACGUUUAAACUAUCGCCUCCCUGCGGGGAUGAUUGCUUGUUUCAAAGUUCGCAAGAACGACUUCAAAUGAUAAACUGAGCGUAAUUGCCACUUAGCUAUUCAAUUACAGCACACGGUGCUUUGCUGCUCUGAGAAAUCAUACUUUAGAAAAUACGAAAUGGCGAUAUUUUGAAGUACUACAAUUUAUACAUUUAUUUUGACUAGAAUUUGCUUUGCAAGGGGGGUGGCCCAUUGGAGGCGGGUCAAGGACAUCACGCGCCAGAGAACGUGAGAGGAGUCUCCGGCUUUGGCCGAGUAAAGGAGACCAAACUUUGCGGGCGUCUUUUGGGACGUGGUUAAAGGUGAGCGAAUGAGCUGGAGAGGCCACAGUGCCGUGGAAUAAACUGGGUUCAAGAAAGGUGCGCCCGUCGACGAGAUGCGAGGCGGUGCUGUGGUGAGGGUCCUGCCCCGCGUCUGCGUGCCGCACGCCGAGGUCUUCGCCCCCCCCCCCUCGGUUAAUUUCGCCACCCAAUCUUCACCGAUGCCGCCCAAGUAGUACAAAUAAAAUAAGGCAAUUAUAUGAAUGAGUUCAAAGCG